GGUGGGACCAGUUGGAACUACACAAUGUUGCAAUUUUGGACCAUUACACUUUUUUUCCUGGCUACAGUAAGAGGGAAAGAGAUAUGUUUUAAAAGACUUGGCUGCUUUUCGAAUGACAAACCAUGGGCUGGAACACUCCAGAGACCUUUUAAAGUACUUCCCUGGUCUCCUGAGGACAUCAAUAUCCGUUUCCUUCUCUACACCAAUGAAAAUCCAAACAACUUCCAAACUAUCCUUCCAGAUGAUCCAUCCACCAUUGAGAGUUCAAAUUUCAAAAUGGAUCGGAAGACUCGUUUUAUCAUCCAUGGCUUCAUAGACAAGGGGGAAGAAUCCUGGUUGAAAGACAUGUGCAAGCAAAUGUUUCAGGUGGAAAAAGUGAACUGCUUCUGUAUUGACUGGAAAAAGGGUGCACGAACGAGGUAUGCACAAGCAACCAACAAUAUCCGGGUAGUGGGGGCUGAACUGGCCUAUCUGAUCAAUGUACUAAAGACAGAGUUUGGAUAUUCUCUUUCUGAUGUUCACAUCAUUGGUCACAGCCUGGGAGCUCAUGCUGCUGGGGAGGCUGGGAGGAGACUCCAAGGCCAAAUUGGCAGAAUCACAGGUUUGGAUCCAGCUGAGCCUUGUUUCCAGAAUGCUCCAGAAGAAGUCCGAUUGGAUGCCAGUGACGCCAUGUUUGUUGAUGUGAUUCAUACAGACUCUUCUCCUAUGUUGCCAAACCUGGGUUUUGGAAUGAGCCAAACUGUGGGACAUCUAGAUUUCUUUCCAAAUGGUGGAAAACAAAUGCCUGGAUGUCAGAAAAAUAUCCUUUCAACCAUUAUUGAUAUAAAUGGAAUAUGGGAAGGAACACGCGAUUUUGUAGCUUGCAAUCACUUGCGAAGCUAUAAAUAUUAUUCCAGUAGCAUCCUCCAACCCGAUGGCUUUGUUGGUUACCCUUGUAGUUCCUAUGAGGUUUUCAACUCGGAUGCAUGUUUCCCUUGUCCAGCAGAAGGCUGCCCAAGGAUGGGUCACUAUGCUGACCAGUUUAAGGGAAAAACAAAUGCAUUGGGGCAAACAUUUUUCCUGAACACUGGAGAGAAGGCUAACUUUACUCGUUGGAGAUACAGAGUAUCAGUCACACUCUCUGGGAAAAAAAAACUGAGUGGGUAUAUCAGGAUUGCUAUGUAUGGAAGUAAUGGUAUUUCAAGACAAUAUGAUAUUUUCAAGGGAUCUCUGAGACCAGGUGGGAGUCAUAAGAAGGAGAUUGAUGUUGACAUCAAUGUGGGCAAAGUGGAACAGGUGAAAUUCCUUUGGUACAACAAUGUGAUCAACCUCUUCAGGCCCAAAUUAGGUGCUUCAAAGGUCACAGUGCAAACUGGUGAAGAUGGAACAGAGUAUCAUUUCUGUAGUAAUGAUACUGUUCGGGAAGAGGUUCUGCAAACACUCUCUUCUUGCUAGAAGUAAAUCCUGGCGGUCUUGCUGUGACUUUGUUGUGAUAACAUUGUAAAAUUCACCCUCUUGUUUUGUGUAAUAUUGAUGUCUAGCCUCCCACCAUGUUCUGUUUAUUAUCCUGAUUGGAAGCUUUCUGAGGGUAACAGCUCAUUUAAACUCUGUUGUCUCCCCUAGUGAUCUGCAGACAGAAGGUACCCAAUAAAUGUUUAGUGUAUGAAGAAAGAA